AAAAUUAGAGAAGGCACGAAAUGUCACUGCCAUCUCUGUUUUUGCGUUAUAUUUGGUCGUCACUUUGUCUGUUUACUGUUAUUUUGGAAUUUUAAACCUUAUGUGAACUUAAAAAUUUAAAUGCAACUCUUCUAUGUAGUAAGCGUGAAUGUACUACUCAAGGUGGACAUACAUACAUGUGUAUCAUCUUUCUAAUGGUUACGGGAAUGAAAGAAGCAGCUUAAGAAGAUAUUGCCCACUCACUUUAAGUUUACGGUUUCCGGUGAUCAAUUGCAGCUUGUUCUGCUCAAUUUUUGUGAUUAGGAAAAUUUCCCUAGAAGUUCCUAAAAUACUAACAAGCCAGUGUUGCAUAACAUUUGACUUUUCAGUGACAUGGGAAUUUUCAUGAAAACUUGAAUUUAUGCGCCUAAAGUUGUUUUCUUAAUUUAAAGGUCUGAAAUUGUCGUGCUGCAACUUUGGAUUUAGGUAGCAAAGGUUUAGAUGUCAACGCACGUGGUGUGGAUAACUUAGAUUCCAAAAGUUACUACCUGAGUCCUUAAAUAACUUUGGUCGAAAAUAGGCUACUUGGGAAUAAGAAAUCGCGUUACCUAAUCCAUCGCAGGUGUUAAUCAUAAAACAUGCGCCAUCGAAUACAGGUACGCCCUCGUCAGCUGUCAGAGACAAUUGAACCACAAUCGAAACGUCAUCACGAGCAGCAAGCAAUGGGCAACGUAAUGGAUCGCAAUGUGUCAUUCGAUGACUCUAGAAGCGUAGCCACACUGGAACCUCAUAUGGACGAACUGGAGGAUGAGGAGAAAGAAAAUCAAGAGCCCCAGGAGCAGGCGGAACCAAAUCAGGCACCCAAUUUAAUGUUCCAUGUGUAUAGCUAUCGUCAGCAACUCAGUUGCAAGAAACAUCAUGUUAUGAAAAUGGCCACAUCAAAAUUGAUGCUAACCGAGGAGUUGCUCAAGUUGCAACCGAUUAAGCAUAAAAUCAGUUCCCACUCAACAACAUCCUUGGAGGAUUAUUACGAAAUACCUUUGCUAAGCGAUGAUGAUAUGGACGACAACGAUGAUGAGAAGCAAGAGAAUGGCAAUCCCUUAGUCACUGAAUUGACAAACCUUAAGAACUAUCGCAAGGAAUUACGUAGCAUCAUACUAGACGUGGCCACGGAGAAAUUCAAGAAGAGCAGUAGUAGUAAGAAGAAACUUAAAAGAUUAAAACGGCGCACUCUAAUCUCAUCGAAAAAGCCUAGCAAGAAGAAUAAAAAUAAAUCAUAUUAUGGCGACUGGAAUCAGCAACUCGAGGAGCCGCAGUACGAACAGGAUAAAGAGGAAUCAGCAGAAGUGAUAACCAUUGACUAGGGGUCAGGUAGAGAAGCGGCCCAAAAGGAAAUUAACUGAUAUUUGAUAAAUAAUUACUCAUUAAGUUAAAUGUAACCGUUGAACAAUAUUCAUAUAACAUUAUUUAAUUUAUUUUAUCUGACAUUAACCAUUAAAAAUAACCAUUAAAGCGAACAAUUGUCCUUCAUUUAAAUAUGGUUUAUAUGCCUAGGGACUUGCUUAAUCCAAAUCAAAGUUCAAUGCUCGAGUCUGGCCA